UGACGGAAAACAAGAUGGCGGCGUCAAGUUCUUCCUAUGGAGAAGUUUUAUACAGAACAGGACAAGAAUCUGAUGCAUCAGAUAUUUGGGACGAUACAGCAUUGAUAGAGGCAUAUGAUAGAGCCGUUAACAUUAUGAAGGAUGGAAAUUUUAAGAAUGGUGGAAGCAAAGGGAAAGGAAAGAACAGAAAUAAAAAGAAAAAUAAGGCAAAAGCUGCAGAAAACCAAGAUUCAUCUUCAAAGUGGCAGGUUGGUGACAGCUGCCGAGCUGCGUACUCAGAAGAUGGGGAGAUAUAUGAAGCAUUCAUAAUAUCUAUAAACAGUGAGGAGACUUGUGUUGUGAAGUAUAAUGGAUAUGGUAAUGUCGAAGAACAGUAUUUAAAGGAUCUUAUGCAGCCUUUGGAAAACAAAAGUAACAAGGCAUCAAAAGAUAUUGACCAGGGAUACUAUACAGUAGACUCACCUCACUAUCCACCAAGGACAGAAACAGCGACAAGCAUGAAUUGGUCAUCAUCUCAGACCCCACGUCAUUCUAACGAUCAGUGGAGAGUGAGUGAUAUUUGUCUUGCACCAGAACAUCCAAGUGGUCACUGGCAUGAGGCAGUAAUCAACUCCUUCCCUACACCUUAUACCUGCCAAGUUACCUUCCUUAGAUCAAGAAAAAGCCAACAAGUUGAUAAAUCACAACUAUACCACAGCAAUGAUACUCAGUCUCAUCAUGAUCAUCUGCCGCCUCCGCCUCAUCAUCAUCAUCCUUACAGACCUCCAGGGCCUCCACAGUGGUAUCAACAUUCAAACAUACCUUGGCCAGGACAUCCACCCCAUGUGACUAGUAGUUACACAAGUUUUAGCAUGUUUCCACCAUCCAGACCCCGGCCGCCUCCACCACCACCAAUGUUGCCUCAUCUAGGGAUGUUUCCUCCUUUUCCACCAAAUAUCAAUUUUCAACGACCUACCCCUCCCAUACCUCCUGUUCCACCACGCCCAAUGGUGAAUGCUGCUGGACAAGAAGAUGAAGCCCUUGCCAGCAUGCUGAUGUCAUGGUAUUUAAGUGGAUAUUACACAGGUUAUUACCAGGGUUCGCACGGUUCCAAAGAAAGACCAAAAGAUAAAUCUCAAGCACAACCAGACACAACUAACACACAGGAACCCCAACAACAUGCAGAACAACAAGCCCCUCCAUUGAACAGUCAGGAUAAAGCUCAUUGAAUCUAAAAUUAUUCCUCAUGACUCAAUUCUUCAUUUAUAAGUGUGUGUAGUUGUCUUUCCUCACACAUCUCCACUAUUUUUUUCCAAAUUUGUAAGUCUUUCUUUACCAAACAAAAAAUCUUCAAAAUUC